AUGCGUGUUACAACAUUUUUGCUGCCCGUGGCGGCUUCCGCCAUCUCUGUCUCUGUCUCUGUCGAUCUCUCUAAUUCAAUCAGCUAUGGCUGUGAUGCUUUGAAUAAACCAGUCAGUGAUGCUGUAUUUUCGCCCGAUAGCACAGUAUAUGACUACGAGACCAAGCAAUUCUGGUCAAAUACCGAGAUCAUGUCUCCAGCAUGUGUUUUUCGCCCACAGUCCAGUAGUCAACUAGCAGAGGGCUUGGAUGCCCUUGUGAAAAGUAACUCUCAGUUUGCUGUUCGUGGUGGUGGCCACAUGGGUAUUCGGGGUUCAAACAAUAUUAAUGGCGGGGUUUUGAUUGUCAUGUCUAAUCUAACGACUCUGGAAUUGAACGAUGACAAGUCAAUUCUGUCGGUUGGAUCUGCUUAUCGAUGGGCGGAUGUGUACUCCUACUUGGCUCAGUAUGACCUGACUGCUGCUGGCGGUCGUCUGGGACCUGUUGGUGUACCCGGUCUGCUUCUUGCUGGUGGUAUCAACUUUUAUGGUAACCAAGUUGGUUUCUCUUGCAACACUGUUGUAAAUUACGAGGUCGUCUUGGCCGAUGGAUCCAUUGUCGAGGCCAACAAGACCCACAACAAAGAUCUAUUCUGGGCCUUAAAGGGUGGUAGCAGCAACUUCGGCCUAGUCACUCGUUUUGAUUUGGAGACUAUCAAGUCGCGGAAGGUCUGGGCAGGUAGCUACACAGUGGCGGCGGAAUACAUUGAUCGUUUCCUUGCGGCUGCUGCGACCUACGCAUCCGACAUUUAUGAUGCCAAGACUCACAUUGUACCUGCCCUUGUUCCUGGAGAGACAACUCUGGCAUCGGUCAUCCUGUUCUAUGACAGCGAAAACACCACUUACCCUGAUAUUUUCAAGCCUUUCACUGACAUACCUUCUGUGAGCAACACGCUCGAAUUUAAAACCGUUCAAGAAUUUGCCGCUGAGAAUGGGCAGAUGGUUGUUGAUGGCAUCAAUGAUGUCUUUGUUGCCGGAACUGUCAAGGGCACUACCUAUGCUGAGCUCCACCAGGGUAUAAGCAUCAUCAACACUACCUUCUUCAACGAGCUCCCCAAGUUGUACGCCCAAGUCCCAUCUGCAAAUAUUUCCACCAUCCAGCUCGAUUGGCAGCCCAUUGGCGCGGAUUGGAUCAAGGCAUCCGAGGCCGCUGGCGGUAAUGCCCUCGGACUGGACUCAUCGAAUAUUUAUCUGUGCUAUGCCGAGGUUGUCGAGUGGAUCGGAUCAGCUUAUGACGAAAUCGUUGCAGAGUGGUUAGAGGAGACCACUUAUGCCAUCAACAAUGCUACUCAAAAGGCUGGUCUCCACGACGCCUUCAACUACAUUGGUGAUUCAGCUGGCUUCCAGUCUAUCUUCCCGGGUUAUGGUGCAGAGAACCACGAGAAGCUGGUCAGUAUUGCACAAAAGUACGACCCUCACGCUGUCUUCCAGACCAUGAUGCCCGGUGGCUUCAAGGUCUACUAA